AUGUUUUUGCGGCUCCUGAUAUGGGUCUUGGAAAGCCAGGUGGUCGUGGUGCAUGAUCACCGGGAUUUUCUCAAGAAAUCCAGCGCGGCCGGCAGUGUUACUGGCACCUUGAUCUCCUUUUGGGGGCCCAUCAUGUGCUUCCCCCAGUGGAUCGGCGGGCUGAUCUUUGGCCUUUUGGGCUGUCGACCCGCGGCCGCCAUCUUCGCUGCGCGCAUGGCUGCCAUGUGUGUGGUGCGCACCUUGGACCAGAAGAUCCCGUGCACCAGGGGUUUGGGGGUUUGCCAUUUGGUGACCUUUCCGCCGGUGCUGUGGUGGCUUCUAACAAGGACUCCAAACACCACCACAGGGGUUGAUGCCUAUGCUGAGAAGUUUCUGAGCUUUCAAGUUUAUGUGAUCGGUCUGUGCCUCUUUCUGGACGCGCGCGACUUGAUGUUUCACUGCUGUGGCUAUCCGUUCCCAUGCUACAUCCGUGAAGGAGUGCAAGCCGGUCUUCUCGACAUUAAAGAUCCUAGGGCAAAGCGCCCCGUGACCUUGUCGGCACGUCUGAUCGGGCCCUGA